GAGAGAGAGAGUUUAUUAUAACAGCAGUUACAAUACUUAUACCUCUUGGUGGGAGGGGGCGGUAUGCAUGCUUGGACCCCCAUAGGAACAAUAGUAAAAUGCAGAUCAGGCAUGGGCGUUGGGCAGAUCAGGCAUGGGCGUUGGCUAGUGAGGAAUGGCGAACUGAUAAGAUCAGUAAGGUCAGCAGUGGUGACCUUGUUACAGAAAUCCCAAGUAAGCCUCCACUUGAUUAGAGGAUAAGAGCCGGGCUUGUAAAAUGGCUCCCUACAUCUCCCCCUGUUUUGGUUUAAAUUAAAUGUGGUCAGGGGAGGCAUUGUCCGGUAUCCCUUAUGACACAAACACGAAAGCAUGAAAGUACACAUCUCAAGGGGGGAGAUGCGGGCGACACAUGUGCUCGGCCACAUGGCACAAGCAGCACAUGGGCUCAGGCAGCAUAUGUGCACACUUCCUUUGUUCAAGGUGUCUUUUAUAGGGUCUCUUCAACCUGCCCCCACGUGGGGGCUUCUUCUCGGUAAAAGUCCGUUGCUAAGGAGGUUACCAGGGAGGUUGGGAGUGGUGAUGGUCUUCUUUAGGUCUUAUCAGGUCUGUUUUCUGUAUCCACAAGGUGGGUCAGUCUCAGGAUUCUCCUUCCCAGAGACUUUAUUAAUCUGUUUCAUUGCCAAGGGCCUUUCCCUAUCUACCUGCCUACAUCAUAUUCCUCCCUAGAGAUUUCACCACCUUAAAUCUUUAAGGGGAAAAUGGUCGGUGAUCCAUCUUCUGAAGCUGCUUCAUGCUGAUAGAGGGGCGCAGACCCUGCCUGCACAAGGGGUGAAACCUCAAGCUACCUUAGUUUUUAGUGGGCCCCAGGCAAUGAACUGGUGGGUUCCUGAAGUUAUCUGAAAGAAAAGAUCAGAUCAAUUAGACUGAGGGAUGGCACUUUGAAAUGAUUAGACUCUGGAGAUGUGGAAGGUCCUUUCUGACCUAGUAAGAACAAAAUAGUUUGCUGUCUUAGGAAACAUUAAGAGUUAAAGCAACAGAAACCAAAGCAACAUAAUGCCAUACCCAUUUCUGUCAUAAAAACAAUGGAAAAGAAUAACUGCUCCACCCAUUGGUUGAUAGAAAAUGACUUCCUAUGUCCAGAUUUUUCUAGUGGCCUAGAAGCACCACACCACUUCUCAGGUUGGAAAAGCUACCCAUCCACUGAAGCUGUCAAUUGUAACCAAUAAAUAUUUAUACCUUGAAUGAGUGUUUGAUCAUUUGCAUGUCAAGCUGCCAAUCCUUUCCUUGGUGAGUUCCUUGAUGCUGAAUAAGUGUUAGGAAAGGAAGCCCAGAAUUUCCACUAGGUUCAUUAAUGAAACAGAAAGCACAGUACUGACUUCCUUCCCAUGAAAGAUGGCUUUCAGACUAGUGAUAGCAAGUUCAACAUUGAGUCCCAAAGACUAGGCUGCUUACUUUACAGUCAGCAAAACACAUUUUACCUGAAUUACCCAGAAGGAAUACCUUUUAGAUCAAGAUUAGAAUACAUUUACUAGAUCACUCUGUAGAAUUUGAAUCUGAUUCUUUAAAAGGCAAGUUACAGAAACAUGGUUUUCUCUCCACCUUCAUUUUAAAAUUUGCCUGAUGGCUUAACAAAUCUGACUUGUUCUUUUGCAUAAACACAGCAAGAUUGGAGAACUCUCCAUUUUGGGGUACCCCAUUAUUUACUGAUAAGUCCUGGGGGUUGGGCUACAGACAGGAGGCACACCAAUAAUGGCAUUAAUCUUAUGUGGCACGUCAGAGUUACCCAGGCCUGGCCAUAAAUAUCCCACGAUGAACUGGAUGGUCUCAAGCUUUCAGGUUGAACUGGAGGUGGCCUUUUCCGUAGAUGCAUCCUGGCAGAAAGGAGUCCAUCCCCUCCCUUUUUCAGGGCUGAGAGAGAUCCUGGUUUCCAGGGUUUUUCUUGAUGCUGUGUCAGUCACACAGAUUCCCGGAUUUCUCAUUUUCCAUAGCAGUGAUGAUUUCCAUUCUUUCCUUAAGACAACUGGCCUCUAGGGUCUCCCUGAGGUUUGUAGGGUACUUGAAACAGUACCUGUUAAAUACCUGCUCCUGUCAUUUAGACCAAUCCCUUGACUCUUUCCCUGAAAGAGGGAAAGAGCUUUGGGGUCCCAUAAUUGAUUUUCCUGUCUGCAUGAGGGGUAGACCCUAUUACAGAGAGGAAAGACUUUUGUCUGGAUUUAUGCAAACCAACAUAGUGCCACGAAGCAUCAAAAACAUACCGAAGGUACAAAGAAGAGAAAAACAUUUCACUUUACUCACAGUGAGAUACAACACACCCAUUUGUUGUGGGUCCUAGUCAAAGACGCUAAAAUCUGUAGAGAAAAAGGUGUACAGUUUAACAUCAUAUUUAACCCAUUCAAUCCCAUGUUGAAAACCUUGACUUCCCAUUAAUAAGAGCACUGUACUGGAAGUUCAGUGUACAGUUAAACAUGUCUAAUUCAUUUAAUCUCAUUUGAAAAACCCUUGAUUUUCCGCAACUUUUGAAGAAUUCAAUUAUCUAAGAGCACUGUAACAGGAGUCCAGACAAUCUAUCCAAUAUCUUUUCCAUAGAUCCUACCAAAAAACAUACUAGAACAAUUCUGCAUGUGAUUUAAAGAGUUUCUUAAAACAGUGAUCAGUUUCUUUCCUUCAAACACAACCUCAAACCUUCUACACAUUCCUUUAUAUUCAUUCUGUCCUGUACCUUUCCUUCAACCCAUUUCAAAAUCAACUUCACUUUAACAGGACUACUUUCCUUUUUCCAACUGAUGAUAUCUGCAUCCAUUAUCUUUCUGACUUAAGACAUACAUCUAUAUUCCUUAUAGUCGUCCCACAAAUUUAAACUCUUGUUUUACUAAACUCAGUACAACAUGAUUUCCCAAAUUUGGACACUAAUUAUCAAUCAUCUCAUUUAACACGACAAAACUGCUCUGCCAUACCAUUUCAAAAGCAUUGUCAGUUCUAUAGAUAUUCAAAAAAGGUUUAGAAAGUUCUUACAACAUAUAUUCACUUGGCAAAAGUUCACUUCACAUUAGAAAUUAACCAGGAGACAUCUUAGAAUUCUGAUUUCUAGGAAAACACAAAUAUAAAGAUUAAAACACUCAUAGAUUACCAUAAAACAUUAAGGAUCUCACAUUUGCGUACAAAGUUCUCUGAUGGUCUGAGCUAGGUAUGAUACCUGGUGACAAAGCUUUGCAAUGAAUAAAGUUAUCAGAAUAAUAACAUGCAUUUUCAUGUACUGGACAGACUGACUUAACAAUAGCCAGUAAAAGUUCCCACAUCUCAAACUUUAACCAAGGCCCAAUACUAUGGCUUUAGACUAUCAGGCUGACACCUGAGAUUAAUCUAUUAUAAUUCUUUGCUAAGUAUCAAUAGAAAUUUUAGUUACCGAGUCUCAGAUCAAAUAAAACACUUGUAGAAUAAAUUUUGCAACCAUUUUAUAACUCUAGAAAAACAUAUUUUAACUAAACCAUUACUCUUCGAACCUGUUUUUAACCACAACUACUUCAGCUCACAUUCUAAUAAUCCAAUAUAGAUGCAUAUGUACAUUUACGCAACAGCAUAAGACCUUUAAACCAUCAAUUUUUAUGAAACAUGAGUAAAUCUUCUUUGGCUUAAGUUCAAUAGUUCUCGUACCUUAGUUAGUUCAAAUCACAAGCUUUCUAACUUUAUCAAUUCCACAAUACAAAUAUGCUUUCAAACACAGAAAAAGCCCUUUGGGUAUUUAAACUUUGAUAAUAGCAUAGAAAGAAAAGCAUUUGGACUGUCAAAUGUUUAUGGAAACACAAGUAAACUUUAUUUUGAGGGUUUCUGUACCUCUGUUGCUUGAAAAACAGCUAAAUUCCUCAUUAAAAUUGGCUGAGGCUUAUAAGAUAAAGCCUUGCACUCUCUGAAUUCUUAUUUCACUUUUAGUUUUCUGGCUCUAGCUCUGUAGCUUUUUCUAGAUAGUACAGCUACUGGAAUUCAAAAGAAUUUCAACUGUUAAUAACUAUUAAUGUUCUUCCAAUAAGAAAUUUAGACUAAAAAUUUCAAUUUCGUUGUAGGUGCCACAUUCUAAUUAGAAAUCUUUGUUUAAACCUGGUCUAACAGGUUCCAAAAUCACAUAGAUCCUUUAAAAUGCUGAACUGCAUAUCACUCUGAUCUCUUGAGACGAUCCUGUUUUCCCCAGGCCUAAUUUUUACCACUGAUUUUCACUCUGGCUCCAGCAUUCAAGUGUUCCACAUAGAGAGACAGACAGACAAACAAACAGACAGACAAUAAGUUCACUAAAAACACCACACAUACAUGUGCACACAUCUUCAGUUGAUCUAUCGAUCUGGCCCUUCAGAAACGGCAAGGAAAAAACUGAUAGACUGAGAAAGGAAGGAACAAGUCCCCAGGGCAAAGUUAAGCCCUGUCGGCAGAUUGGGAACAUUGCUCCCCGUUUCUCUGCCUGACCAGCCCGUUUCCUGCUUGUUAAAAAUGGGUCAAGAAAGAGCUUUUGUUGAUAUAAGCCGGCAAUACCUUUUCAAAAUUGUUGAAACCUAAGGUGGUCAGAUGCUAGCAUUUUUCUUUCUUGGUCAAGACUAGUUCUGAGGCAGGGAACUAGUGACUUCUUAUCAGAUUUGGGGAUAGGCUACCUUAGUGAUAUACUUUUAUUUCCUGAUAUUAUUAAACACUUAGCCACAUGAUCUUGCAUUUUCCUGCCUUCUCUGCUGAUAAUAAUAAGCAGAACUAAGAGAAAGAUAAUGAGACAAUUACACACACACUAAAGGCACACGCACAAAGCACACUCCUGCACUCGCUCGGACCGGUCCUUCUUUCACGAAGGUGCACACCCACUCACCACAUUCACAAUGAAAUUCCUGAGCCUGCCCUACGGACGUCCACAUUAUCUUUGGUCUUAUCCCCCUGACAAGGGGGUUGCUCCAAUGUACAUUGGGCUCUUUCUAAUUAGAAGCUAGCAAACUAAAGGCAAAGCGGGGGUGAUCAUCAGGAUGCAAGGGAAUUGAGAAAAAGCAGUCUUUUAAAUCAAGUACUGUCUUAUACAUUUCUGAAGGAAUGGCUGCUGGGGACGGCAGUCCAGGUUGAAGCGCCCCAAAAAUGACUAUGGUUUUAUUUACUGCUCGUAGAUCCUGUAGCAGUCGCCAACUGCCGUUUUUCUUUUUAAAGUCUUGGAGGCGCCUCCGCUUGGGAGGGCUCAGGUAGGAAAGCAGGAUGGUCAGAGUCUAUAGUAGUAGAAUUUGAGGAGUCAGUUCCGUGCAUGGGGGUGGCCUCAUCCCCACAGACUGAGGGAGCCUUGGAAACAGAGGAUAAGCAGGCCAUAAAGCAAGAAGAGAAAAGAAAGGGUCACUGGUAGGCUGUUUCUGCCAACUCGACAGAAAUGAAAACACAGGACAAAGGGGUUCAAGCCUUCCACCAGUGGCUGCUUCACUGGUAGGCUGUUUCUGCCAACUCGACAGAAAUGAAAACACAGGACAAAGGGAUUCGACCUUCCACCAGUGACUGUCUACACUGGGAGGUAGUUUCUGCCAACUCGACAGAAAUGAAAACACAAAAGACACAAGAAGGGGCGGGGGGGAUGGGGACACUCAUAACAAACCACUCAGAUGCAUGUCUGGCCGGUGAGGAACUUAGCCAUAGUGGAUCAGCCUGAGAGGUGACUUGCGGCCCGCGUCUAAACCAGCACCACCCUAGACCACAUGAUCCUCGUGGAAUCGCAGACAGCCCAAUUGGACUCCGUAACCUUAAAGGGAUCUUAAGGAUGCCAAGUCGUGGAGCCACAGACUCAGUACAAGGACGAGGACAUCCAAGACUGCACAAUCACUCACACAUACACACAAGACAAGGGAAUUCAAGCCUUUCCGCCAGUGACCGUCUCGUCCUUAACACGAGACUGUAUUCGAGCCUGGUCCCAUACCAGGGUGUGCACCAAGAGAGAGGAGACCCUCAGAGACACUCACUUUUCCGUGAAUUCGUCGGCCGACGUGAACUUGACCGGGCGUUCGGUGGUCCCCUAGUGCCCCACGCUGGGCGCCAGAUGUGGGGUCCCAUCCUGUCCCGCAGGGAGGACCCUCGUGGGGCUAAGGAGGGGACGUAACCGAAUGAACAGACGCAGAGCCAGAAAGAGGAGGAGAGAGAGAGAGAGAGUUUAUUAUAACAGCAGUUACAAUACUUAUACCUCUUGGUGGGAGGGGGCGGUAUGCAUGCUUGGACCCCCAUAGGAACAAUAGUAAAAUGCAGAUCAGGCAUGGGCGUUGGGCAGAUCAGGCAUGGGCGUUGGCUAGUGAGGAAUGGCGAACUGAUAAGAUCAGUAAGGUCAGCAGUGGUGACCUUGUUACAGAAAUCCCAAGUAAGCCUCCACUUGACUAGAGGAUAAGAGCCAGGCUUGUAAAAUGGCUCCCUACAACAGAACAGUUAUUCAGACUUGGCCUGGCUGGAGCAGGAACCAGCAUUACUUCAAGACCGAAGAUGAUGCCCGUAGGGCAGGAUCGGGAGUCUCAGUGUGAAUGUGGUUGUAGAUUGGACCAUGCCAGGACCCAGUAUCUGGGCUAACAAUUCCUUUCUUUUACCCCCUCCAUGGGAUUCACAGAUGCCUCAGCUGCCGAAUAAAGAAGAAACACCUUUUAAUUUUUUCUCUAGGAUACUCACUUGAUCCUGUCUGCAUUGGAGUGCCUCCCUGUCUCCCUCUUCACUUUCAGACUUGGAUUCAUACCAAGUCCCAAACUCAUACUACCUCUGAUCACUCACAGAAAGAUUUUUCUUUUCUGGUGAUUGUGCAUUAUUUACCUGUCUCAAUUCUUCCCUCUCAAUCCAAGAUUCUCCCCACAGUAUAACUUUAUUAAGGGCCAGAUCGCAUAUGGUUACCAGUGAACCUGACCAGAGAAUGGCAACGCUCCUCCGAUAAAGGGCUCCUGACUGAAGACCUGACACAACUGCUCCGGCACUCCUGACAAUUCCUUGGGGCCCUGAUCGCAGCUAUCCUGGACUCAUUGCUGUAACCACCACUGAUGCUGUUGCAGGAAUAGUUCUUCAAGCCUCGGUCCAGACACACAACUUCGUCUAAACAUGACAAAAAUGACUCUUACCACCUUGGGACAAUGCAGGCUACUGUCAACCAUGAUGUUGAGCAACAAUUGGACACUCUACAGCAAGUGCUACUUUAGGUCCAGGGCUGGGUUAAUAUCUUAGAGUAACAAAUGAGAUUUUCGAGUGUUUAAGGAUCUUUGGCUUGAUUUGUAGGACCUCAUCUUCCCCCAGUUCUUUACCUUGAGGAUGCCGGGCUCCCAAGGAUUUAUUCUUGUGGAUCAUGUUGCCAGGCAAAGCACUGCAAGGGAGGGCUGAUACCCCGGCCCAGCUCCCUGCGAGGUAUUCCGGUAUAGCUUAGAGGUUACUCCAAAACCAAGGAUUGAUGGGGCCUAUGAGGAGCCCCCUGCAUAGACCCGAUCAUCCUUUCCUUCCUCUCCCUGCAAAAAUGGAGUCUUUAUGUCACAAGGGAUACCGGACAAUGCCUCCCCUGACCACAUUUAAUUUAAAACAAAACAGGGGGGGAUGUAGGGAGCCAUUUUACCUUACUGAUCUUAUCCUGUCACUAUUUGUUUAUCACUAGCUAACCCCAUGCCACACCUAGCAAAGGUUGCCACUCCUAAUCUUACUGAUCUUAUCCUAUCAGCAUUUGUUUAUUACUAGCUAAAUCCCGUGCCACACCCUGCAUUUCUGUUGGGGGUCCUGGCACCACCUCCUCCCAAUAGGGAGGUAUAAAUACUGUAACUGCCAUAGAAUAAAUGCCUUUUCUCCCUCCUCCAGGCUCUGCAUCUGUUCUUUCGGCUGCGCCUUACGAAGGGUUCUCCCUGCUGAACAGAACGAGACCUCCACAUCGACUUCCACAUACAGACGCCUGGUUCUUUUCUCAUCCCAGGACUAAUACUAGUACAAUUUCGCCUGAGAUGUCCCAAAGCUCCACAGACGUAACAUUUUAUCUGGUUUACUCUUUUAAAAGCAGCGGCUAUUAUUUGCGCCUGAUGGGUUGGUGUUCCCACUUCCCUACAUACUUUAAUAAAGUCAUCCAGAGAGUUUUUUCCAUUAGCUUAGCAGUUUGAAUUGCCUUUUGGCAGUCUGCUGUAGGAUUUUCCACAGCUAAAGUUAGCAUAAGCAUUUCACGAAGGCCUUCAUCAGGUAUAGCCUUUUCAAGAGAGUCCUGGAGUCUGGCAAUAAAAUCUGUGUAAAGUUCAUUUACUUCCUAAAAGAUUUUUAUGAAUGACUUAGUGCGUUUUGCAGAGAUCUCAAGAUAACGCCAUGCCUUUAGACAGGUCUUAUUAACAACUUAAAAAUGUUUGUCUCUAAAUGGACUUGUUCUUCCACUAAAGCCCACUUGCCAGUGCCUAAAAUCUGCUCACAGUGUUAUCAACUUGUUUUGGUGUUUUAAUUCUAGCAAAUUUCUCAGCCUCUUCUCUCCAGGAUUUAAAUUGUACAUAUUGAGAAUUUUAUAACACUGCCUUUGCAAGAGUUUGCCAAUCAAACGGAAUUACAGUACUAGCUUCUGCAAAAUUUUCAAGAAGGGCUAGCAUAUAGUUAGAAGUAACACCAUAGGUGGUCACAGCUUGCUUAAGCGAGGAAAGAAACUUAAAAGGAACAGGCUCAUAUUCCCCUGCCUGUCUUUUUCUUUGCACAUCAGGAUUACAAACGACUGGAAAAGCCAUAACUGAGCAGGCUGUUGGCUCAAUUUUGCUUUAUAUAAAGGAGCUUCAGAUUUUUGUAUCAGAGAAUGCAACUCAGGAGUAAGCUUAAAAUGGCAACACAGAGAUUCCUCUUCCCUAUUCAUAAGCAAGGGGAAGGAACUGCCAAAGGGUUAGGAUCAGUGAUACCCCAUACAGCAGGCAUUAUCCUUCUUUCAGAAGGGUGAUGCAUCUCAACGUACUUCAUUUGUCUAAUUAAUUUAUCUAAUUUUUCAUGAACUUUCCUCAAUUCUUGGGUUCUUACAACCUCUUUUGAAACUGAAUUCUCUGUGUCUGACUUGACGCUGUCAGACUCAGACUGGGCAGGUGAAUCAUCAAUUUGAUAUGAAUCAACAGACAAUACAGAUGCUGUUGGCUUAGCACAAAAUUUAGGCUGAAUCAAAGAUUCUUCCCCACUCUUCUCCUCUAACAUAGGAGUUUCUCUGUAAGUUGUUUUGAAAAUGUGUGCAUGAAUGGAACCUUUCCCCUACUUUUUUUCUAUCGUUUUAAAUUAAAUGUUUCUCUAUCUUUUUGCUUAAACCAAUGACAAUACUGUUUUACCCUCUCAAGGAGGCAUAGCUUUAUCUGUUCCUUUAAAGGCAAACCAGCUGCUUUUGUUAGAGAGUUCAAAGUGUCAACAUAGGCAUCCUGCUGAGAUGUUACAGAAUUGCCCAUUGUCCUUUUUUCUUUUCUUUUCCUUUAUUUAUUCUUUAUUUAUUUCUCCCUUUCUUUCUCCUUUUCUUAUUCUACCUUUCUUUAUUUCUAUCUAUAUUUCUUUAAUCCUUUCUGUCUCUUUUUCUUCUUCUUUCCUUCUAUCUAUAUUUCUUUAUUCCCUUUCUCUUUUUUCUUCUUCUUCCUUUCUUUCUUUCUAUUUCUUUACUUUCUUUCUUUCUAUCUAUAUUUCUUCUUUCUCCCUUUCUUUUUCUUCUUUCUGUUUCUUUAUUCCCCUGCUUUCUCUUUCUCUUCUUCCUUCCUUUCUUUUUAUUUACUUCCUUUUUUCUUUCUGUCUAUAUUUCUUCUUUCUCCCUUUCUUUCUUUUUUCUUCUUUCUAUUUUUCUUUAUUCCCUUUCUUUCUCUUUUUCUUCUUCCUUUCUUUCUAUUUCUUUACUUCCUUUAUUUUAUCUAUAUUUCUUCUCUCUCCCUUUCUUUCUUUCUCUUCUAUCUAUAUUUCUUUAUUUCCUUUCUUUCUCUUUCUCUUUUUCUUUCUAUUUUUCUUUGUUCCCUUUCUUUCUCUUUCUCUUCUUCCUUCCUUUCUAUUUCUUUACUUCCUUUAUUUCUAUCUGUAUUUCUUCUUUCUCCCUUUCUUUUUCUUCUGUUUCUUUAUUCCCUUUCUUUCUCUUUCUCCUCUUCCUUCCUUUCUUUUUAUUUCUUUACUUCCUUUCUUUCUAUUUAUAUUUCUUCUUUCUCCCUUUCUUUCUUUCUCUCUUUCUUUCUUUUUUCUAUCUCUAUUUCUUUAUUCCCUUUCUUUUUCUUCUUCCUUUCUUUCUUUCUAUCUAUAUUUCUUUUUUUUUUUGAUUUUUGGGUCACACAUGGCGAUGCACAGGGGUUACUCCUGGCUCUUUACUCAGGAAUUACCCCCUGGCGGUGCUCAGGGGACCAUAUGGGAUGCUGGAAUUCGAACCCGGGUCGGCCGGGUGCAAGGCAAACGCCCUACCCGCUGUGCUAUCGCUCCAGUCCCUCUAUCUAUAUUUCUUUAUUCCCUUUCUUUAUCUCCCCCUUUCUCUAUUUCUUCCAGACCGGGCCUUUAUCUUCGAGCCUCACAUUGGGCGCCAUAUGUUGCAACAUAUGUUGCAGUAAGGUUUGGUAAGACAGUCUGAGGCAUUUAAGAUAUGCAUGUGAAAGAAAUAUAUGUUUUCUGGGAGGAUCACAUAAUUGUCUCCGUAGUUUUUUGUGCUGUGGCCUGCCAUAGAGCAGCCUGUUCAGCCCCCUUUUAUUAACUAGCUUGAUGUUUUAACCAAUGAUAUUCAGCCACAUAGGCAGGAUAGUCAACGGAAACAGUAUCGAAGUCAGUUACAUAGCCGGAAGCAUAGUCUGUUAAAGUAACAGUAACAGAAAAACAAUGUUUACAUCCAUGUUUAGCUAGGUCUGAGAUUAUGGGAUGUUGUACACCAACAAUAAAUGAAUGGACACGAAGAGUUCAUGCUGAGCAAAAUGAGUCAGAACGAGAUAGAAAAAUAAAAGAAUGCCUGCACUUACUUGUCUCUGUCACUGUCACUGUCAUCCCGUUGCUCAUCGAUUUGCUUGAGCGGGCACCAGUGACGUCUCCAUUGUGAGACUUAUUGUUACUGUUUUAGGCAUCCAGAAUACACCAUGGGUAGCUUUCCAUACUCUGGCGUGCAGGCGAGAUACUCUCAGUAGCUUGACAGACUCUCUGAGAGAGGUGGAGAAAUCAAACCUGUGUCCGCUGCGUGCAAGGCAAACACCCUACACGCUGAGCUAUGGCUUCAGCCCACACUCAGUUGUGGGAUAAUGGAAACACAUUCCCUGCUCAUGGAUAGGAAGACUUAACAUUGUCAAAAUGGCAAUACUCCCCAAAGCACUAUACAGAUUCAAUGCAAUUCCUAUGAGGAUACCCAUGAAAUUCUUCAAAGAAAUUGAUCAAGCACUCCUGAAAUUCACAUGGAACAAUAAACGCCCACAAAUAGCCAAAGCAAUUCUUGAGAAAAAGACGAUGGGAAGCCUCACCCUCCCCAACUUCAAACUUUACUACAAAGCAGUAACAAUUAAAACAGCAUGGUACUGGAACAAAGGCAGAACCGCUGAUCAAUGGAACAGGGUGGAAUAUCCCUACAUGCAACCCAAAAUAUAUGAUCACCUGAUCCUUGAUAAGGGGGCAAGAAAUGUGAAAUGGAACAAGGAAAGCCUCUUCAACAAAUGGUGCUGGCAUAACUGGACAGCCACAUGCAAAAAAAUGGGCUUAGACAUCGACCUAACACCAUGCACAAAAGUCAGAUCAAAAUGGAUUAAAGACCUCAACAUCAGACCACAAUCCAUAAGGUACAUCAAAGACAAGGUCGGCAAAACCCUUCACGAUAUUGAAGCUAAAGGCAUCUUCAAAGAUGACACGGAACUAAGUAAGCAAGUAGAAACAGAGAUAAACAAAUGGGACUAUAUUAAACUAAAAAGCUUCUGCACUGCAAAAGACACAGUGACCAGAAUUCAAAGGGAAUCUACAGAAUGGGAAAGGAUAUUCACCCAGUACCCACCCGAUAAAGGAUUAAUAACAAGGGUAUAUAAAGUACUGGUUGACCUCUACAAAAAGAAAACACCCAACCCCAUAAAAAAUGGGGCGAAGAAAUGAACAGAAACUUUCUCAAGGAAGAAAUACGAAUGGCUAAAAGGCACAUGAAAAAAUGCUCUUCAUCACUAAUCAUCAGGGAGAUGCAGAUCAAAACAACUAUGAGAUACCAUCUCACACCACAGAGACUGGCUCACAUCCCAAAGAACAAAAACAACCACUGUUGGCGUGGAUGCGGGGAGAAAGGAACCCUCCUACACUGUUGGUGGGAAUGUCGACUGGUUCAGCCCUUCUGGAAAACAAUAUGGUCGAUUCUCAAAAAGUUAGAAAUUGAGCUUCCAUUUGAUCCAGCAAUACCACUCCUGGGAAUAUACCCUGGAGAAGCAAAAAAAUAUAGUCAAAAUGACAUCUGCACCUGUAUGUUUAUCGCAGCACAGUUUACAUAGCCAGAAUCUGGAAAAAAAACGAAUGCCCGAGAACAGAUGACUGGCUAAAAAAACUUUGGUACAUCUACUCUACACAAUGGAAUACUAUGCAGCGGUUAGAAAGCAUGAAGUCAUGAAAUUUGCAUGUAAGUGGAUCAACAGGGAAAGUAUCAUGUUGAGUGAAAUGAGUCAGAAAGAAAGAGACAGAUACAGAAAGAUUGCACUCAUAUGUGGAAUAUAAAGUAGCAUAGAGUACGAUCUAGCAAAGAUGCAACCUCUGGCAGAAAGCCAUCUGGACUUAGUCACUAAAAUACUAAAAUACAGAAAUCUAGAACCUCACAGCCGCUACUGUGGCCACAUGACCUCAUAUCUCCUCAAUCGCAGCAGUGGAAAACAAAUUAUCAAAUGCUUCCUUUCCAGCAGGUCCGACUCUGGGGGGGAAACUCCAAACAAUAAUAGUGAGGUUUUUGUUGUUAUUGUUGUUGUUGUUGUUGUAUGUAAUCAAGGUAAAGUUAAAGUAAA